GUGCGAUCAGAGCUCACUGCAGCCUCGAACUCCCAGGCUCAAGUCAUCCUCCUACCUCAGCUUCCUUAGUACCUGGGAUUACAGGCACAUGUCACCAUGCCCAUCUAAUUUUUAAAUUUUUUACUUUUUCUUUUUUUUUUUUGAGAUGGAGUCUAGCUUUGCUGUCCAGGCUGGAGUACAAUGGCAUGAUCCUAGCUCACUAAAACCUCUGCCUCCUGGGUUCAAGCGAUUCUCCUGCCUCAGCCUCCCAAGUAGCUAGGAUUACAGGUGCCCACCACCAUGCCCAGCUAAUUUUUGUAUUUUUAGUAGAGAUGGGGUUUCAGCAUGUUGGCCAGGCUGGUCUCAAACUCCUGACCUCAAAUGAUCCAUCCCCCUUGGCCUCCCAAAGUGCUGGGAUUACAGGCAUGAGCCACUGCACCCAGCCAAUUUUUAAAUUUUUUCUGGAGAUGAGGUGCUUGCUAUGUUGCCCAGGCUGGUCUCAAACUCUAGGCCUCAAGUCCUCCUGCCCCGACCUCCCAAAGUGCUGAGAUUACAGGCAUGAGCCACUGUGCUCAUCCCCAACAAUUAUUUUUGACAGAUAAUAGGGAUGUCUCCUUGCUCUCUGUGUCUGGCCAAGUAGCCCCAGGUGACACUCUUUUUUUUUGUUUGUUUUGGAGACGGAGUCGUGCUCUGUUGCCCAGCCUGGGGUCCAAUGCCGUCGUCUCGGCUCACUGCAAUUUCCGCCUCCUGGGUUUAAGUGAUUCUCCUGCCUCAGCCUCCACAGGAGCUGGGACUACAGGUAUGUGCCACCACACCUGGCUAAUGUUCUUAUUUUUAGUAGAGACGGGAUUUCGCCAUGUUGGCCAGGCUGGUCUCGAACUCCAGACCUCAUGAUCCACCCGCCUUGGCCUCCUAAAGUGCUGGGAUUACAGGUGUGAGCCACCAUGCCCGGCCGUGACACUCGUUUUAUAGCAUCAGGCUGGUGACCAGAAUGUCAUGGCUUCUGGGCAGAGGCCAGCUUCCAUGCCGUAUCCUGUCUUCCUAGUGCAGAUGUCCCCAGCUGCAGUGAGUACCAGUGUGAGGGAAUGGGCUCCAGACUCCCAGAGGGGCCACAGGGAUGGCCACGCCAAGCUCUGGGGAGUAGCCGAUUCCCCAGCACCUGCCUGCCCAUGCACCUUUGGGGUGACUCAUGAGACAGGGUGGGGCUCCCACCUGCCUUCUCCCAAAAGGCAAUCAGCUAUAAAGGCUCUCAGAGGCCCAACCAGCCCCAGGUCAUCAAACAAGCCCCAGUUCCAUGGCAACCAUUAUACCCAUUCAUCAAGGAGAUGUAGAGGGAGGUGCUUCCUGGUUCACCCCACCCUCAGCAGAGACAGACCCCAGAUCUGGGCCUAGGACUUUGUGCAGGGAGGGGAAAUGCAGGUGACUCAGCCCCUAUUCCUCCAUCAAACCAGGCUUGAAGAUGGGUUAAAUCAGAGCUUUUCAUUCCACAAAAGAGAAAUUCUAAUGGGGUCAGAACAUCGAUCUUCUAAUAUUUGAAAGCCUGUUAACUAGGAGAGAGAGAGCGAACUAUUUUGUUGUAGGAGGACCCACCCAGCUCUGACGGUUUAAAGCAUCAUGAAUGCAAAUUUGAACUCCAGAAAAGCAGAGCUUCCUAACAAUGGGACUUCCACAGCAAUGGGAUCUGCUUCCUCUUUCAGUGUGUGCCUUUUCUAUGAGCGAGAGACUCCUAGGAAAGCAGCAGCCCAUUAGGAAAAUGUGUGGGAACUCACUCGUGGGUUCUUUAUUUUUUUUGAGAUGGAGUUUUGCUCUUGUUGCCCAGGCUGGAGCACAAUGGUGCGAUCUUGGCUCCCUGCAACCUGUGCACCAUGAGUUCAAGUGAUUCUCCAGCGCCCUCUCCUGAGUAGCCGCGAUUACAGGCAUCCACCACCAUGCCUGGCUAAUUUUUUGUAUUUUUAAUAGAGAUGGGGUUUCACCAUGUUGUCCAGGCUGGUCUCAAACUCCUGACCUCAAGUGAUCCACCCACUUUGGCCUCCCAAAGUGCUGGGAUUACAGGCAUGAGCCACUGAGCCCAGCCGGGAACCCACAGAUUUUUUGGAUGGUCUCUGAAUGUCAUGUAACUCUUUUAUUUUUUAUCAAAAAAAAAUUUUUUGACACAAUAUCUUGCUGUGUUGCCCAGACUGGAGUGCAGGGGCAAGAUCAUGGCUCACUGCAGCUUCUAACUCCUGGGCUCAAGUGAUCUUCCUGUCACAUGAAUCUCCCAAGUAGUUGGAACACAGGUGCCAGCCACCACACCUGGCUAAUUUGGUUUGGUUUUGUUUUUUUAGAGAUGGGCUCUUGCUAUGUUGCCUAUACUGGUCUUGAACUGCUGGCCUCAGGCAAUCUUCCUCCCUUGGCCACCCAAAGUGCUGGGAUUACAAGCAUGAGCCACUGUGCACAGCUGAAAUUUUUCGACUUAGUCUUUUUGUACAUGUGAUAUUUUAUUCAUAGAAUCCAUAAAUGGAAGGGAAAUUUCUGAGUUCAGAGCAAUACAUAUGAUACAAAACUUGAUAUAUAGACUAGAGUUUCUUAGCCGAACUGGAGGGGCUGGCUUAGGUAAUCCAUGGACUCCCUGAAAUUGGGGACACCAUUGGAAAUAUGUGUGAGCUCAGGGACAGUUUCCUAUGAUUUUCAGGCCUCAAAAUGUCUCUUGGACUCAAAAUUGCCUUAGGGCAGAGGACGUGUGUACCCCCAGUAUAGAAUCUCGGACAGUGAAUGUGAGUAAACAUUCGGCAGAAAAGCUCUGCCAAACUGAGUGCUCUCAUGUGACUUUUUCAUCAAGUCAGUAUUCCUGGGAUCUCUUGUACAUGAUAAUCUCACUCUUGUACAUGAUAAUCUCACUCUUGUACAUGAUAAUCUCACUCUUAGAAGGUUUCAUCGUUUCUGCUUACCCUAGUUUUCUUUCCCACUCUGUUCCCUCUCCCACCAGACUGGACUCUGAAAUGGGCAUGUACAGAGACGAAGAGACCCCAACAUGCUUCAGGCUUUGAGUGGAGAGGACACAGCCUCUGCUGGGACAGGGAACAGAGGGAUGUGGAGUCCCUGAAGAUGAUUUUGGACAAUGGUCUGAGGUUGGGACAGUGGCAGGAGAUACCAUUCAUCCAGGAUCUCCAGGACAAGAGAUCAGAAUGGCAGUUACAUGUGUUUUUUUUCAAACUGGUUGCCAGGUUGGCAUGAGCCAUGACAUCAGAGAUUCCAACCUUCCUGAUUGGAGGGACCGGACUCUGUGGUGCCUGGAGAUCAGUUGGACAACAGUAUCUUCUCAGAGCUGUUCUCCACUCCUGACUUCUCCUAGGCUUGAGAAUUGAUAACAUACUCUUCUGGAUCCGAGCAGUGUCCAGAAGAAGGCCAUGGACAGAACGGAGACUAGGUUCCGUAAGAGGGGACAGAUUACGGCAAAGAUCAUGACCAGCCGUCAACCGCACCCCCAGAAUGAGCAGAGUCCCCAGCAGAGCACCUCGGGGUACCCCCUCCAGGAGGUGGUGGAUGAUGAAGCGUUGGGACCAUCAGCCCCUGGGGUAGAUCCCAGCCCCCCAUGUAGGUCCCUUGGCUGGAAAAGGAAGAAGGAGUGGUCAGAUGAAUCUGAGGAGGAGCCGGAGAAGGAGCUCGCCUCUGAGCCUGAGGAGACCUGGGUAGUGGAGACGCUGUGUGGGCUCAAGAUGAAGCUGAAGCAACAGCCAGUGUCACCCAUCCUCCCUGAGCACCACAAGGACUUCAACAGUCAGCUUGCCCCUGGGGUAGAUCCCAGCCCCCCGCAUAGGUCCUUUUGCUGGAAAAGGAAGAUGGAGUGGUGGGACGAAUCUGAGGAGUCGGAGGAGGAGCUACGGAAGGUGCUCGCCCCUGAGCCUGAGGAGAUCUGGGUGGCGGAGAUGCUGUGUGGCCUCAAGAUGAAGCUGAAGCGACAGCGAGUGUCGCUCGUGCUCCCUGAGCACCACGAGGCCUUCAACAGGCUGCUUGAGGAUCCUGUCAUUAAAAGAUUCCUGGCCUGGGACAAAGAUCUGAGGGUGUCGGACAAGUAUCUCCUGGCUAUGGUCAUAGCGUAUUUCAGCCGGGCCGGCCUCCCCUCCUGGCAAUACCAACGCAUUCAUUUCUUCCUGGCUCUCUACCUGGCCAAUGACAUGGAGGAGGAUGACGAGGACUCCAAACAAAACAUCUUCUACUUCCUGUAUGGGAAGACCCGCUCUCGCAUACCCUUGCUCCGUAAGCGUCGGUUCCAGUUAUGCCGUUACAUGAACCCGAGGGCCAGGAAGAACCGCUCUCAGAUAGCCCUGUUCCAGAAACUUCGGUUCCAGUUCUUCUGUUCCAUGAGCGGCAGGGCUUGGGUUUCCCCGGAGGAGUUGGAGGAGAUCCAGGCUUAUGACCCAGAGCACUGGGUGUGGGCACGAGAUCGCGCUCACCUUUCCUAGAGCUCCAGGGACCGUGGAGGCCUGAGGUCAUCGGCCUGAGAGAAGAACACCCGACCCAGGGGAGAUGUGGAUUUUCAGCAGGAACUUUAUUCCAAUGCUAAUGGCAGACACCAGGAAGGAGGAGAGGAACCAUUUGUGCACAUCAUCUAGAAGAACGUGGACCAUUCUUGAUGGAGCUGAAUACAGUGAUCACGUUGUCCUCCUAGGAGCAGGGGUGGGGGGAGGGGGGUAGGGUCCUUCUAGGAGUCCUUGGAGAAAACUAAGAAACCAGGAGUGUUUCCAGUUCCACCCUUUCCUGCGGCACCACCACCCUUUUUAUAUUGCUGAAUUCCAACCUCCCUGGGGCGGAACCUGGAGGUCCUGUUUCUUACGGACUUGGUUGCCACAGUCCAGGAGCAUUUGAAGGCACAAUGCAGGGGCUCAGAUUGGCACAGAAUUCUUUUGUGAAAUAUCAGUGCCACAGAUUGUAACAGAUAGCUUCAUGCACACUCUGCAUUUUAUUGGUUUGUUUGGGAAA